AUGGAUAGAAGGUAUAUCCAACGACACAUCAUUGACUACGACGAAGACAUGAUGCAAGACGCUAUGGCGAUUAUUCUUAUCCCACACUGGCCUAUAACUAGCAAAGAAGAACCAGAUGAGGAUAUUGUAAAAAGAGCACGCGCAGUUUUAGAAGAUUGGUCAAACGGACAGCUUCCUCAUCCUACCCAACACGACCAUGCCACGUCUCAAUUGAACGAACUGCAUAACCGGAUCUUGGUUCUCGCAGAGGACUACAUCACCAAAGCCACCGCUUCCUUUCCUCCGCGGGAGUACCUUUGUCUGCCGCAGAUACAACGGCCAUCAGCCAAUGGGCAUCUUAUGUUCAAAGGUGUAAAAGUGGCACGGCGAUUUGAUCUCGCAGACCUUACGGCAUCAGAAAAGAAAAGGGUUUUUAAAGCAUUCAUGAGGCAUGAACUGAUGAGUAGGGCCAAUAGUCUCUUUCCCUGGGAAACACGAGAAAUACAUGUGCCAAAGCGUUUGGUCGGUAAAGCGGAGUCGCACGGUAUUAUCUGUGUCCGCGACUACUAUUGCUCUCUCUAUGGGGCGAUGUUUGCGCAGUGCAGCGAUUCUCAGCUUCCGAGUAGCCCAACCGGGACUACCCUCAAAACUGAUCUCAAGUUUCCUGACACUUUUCACUUCGAUGCAAACACUUACGCACAUGAAUUAGAUCUACACGAUGCCACCUGGCGGGAAGAGUUUCCCGAUUUUGCGUCUUGGUUCUCACGACUCGGGAUUGAUCGUCUCACAGAAUUCCUUCGUUAUGACAUGGGUAACGAGGAUGACAGAGAUGCCCUUUUUGAUCACCUUCAAGACACCUGGUUCAAUGGUGGUAAGAAGUACGGCUUCGGCUUGGACGUACCGUGGGCAUCAAUCUUCAACGUAUCGAGAUCGAGUCACAACGCUUGUUACGAUUCAAACAUGUUUAAACAGUUAUCUGGAUCAUUCGAGAAAUUUCUCCAAUGGGAUAUCGCACGGCAACGGGCUUGGGUAUUUUUCGAUGACACUCGCCUUUACCCUCAAGAGACCAUCGAGCGACCAAAUUUCCCGUCAAGCAGUUUUCUCCAGGAGAAAACCAUCCAGACAAACUCGGUUCACGACUGA